GAGGAUAGCCAUGCCUUAAAUAAAGAACGUUUGACAGCAGAGCAAAGUGACGUAUUGUAUUAGUUGCUUGAUUCGAUGCUUUCUUUCUAAAUACUUUGUAAGCCGAUUGCCGAAUGCGAUGCGUUGUUUGAAAUCAUAUUUUGUUACAUUUUAAAAUAAUAUAACUUUGUGUAGUGUAGAGUUAUUAAACAGUCAUCAUGGUGAAGCUAACAACGGAGUUGAUUAACAACUCCAUGCAAUACAUGAAUGCGUGCAGAGACCGUGAAUUGGAUUUAAGAGGAUAUAAGAUACCACAAAUAGAGAACAUGGGUGCCACACUAGACCAGUUUGAUACAAUAGACUUCUCCGACAAUGACGUCAGAAAGCUAGACGGAUUCCCUCUGUUGAAGAGAUUGAAAUGUCUGCUGUUAAAUAAUAACAGAAUAGUGAGAAUAGGUGAGAACCUAGAGCAGUACCUUCCGAACCUGGAGUCUCUGAUCCUCACCAACAACCACCUCCAGGAGCUGGGAGACCUGGACCCGCUGGCCACGCUGCCCAAACUCACCUCACUGUCACUACUGCACAAUCCUGUUGCUAAUAAACAACAUUACAGAGCCUAUGUUGCAUUUAAAUUACCGGAGCUAAGACUUCUGGACUUCCGAAAGAUCAAGCAGAAGGAAAGGGACGAAGCUAACACUCUGUUCAAGAGCAAGAAAGGGAAAGAGAUGCAAAAGGAAAUCCAGAAGAAGGCCAAAACCUUUGUUCCCGGAGGAAAUAUGCCUGAUCCUAAAGUUACCAACCUCACUCCCCAAGAGAUCCACAAGAUCCGAGAGGCGAUCAAGAACGCGUCGUCUCUGCAAGAGGUGGAGAAGUUGACGAGAAUGUUGCAGUCGGGGCAGAUCCCCGGACAGAAGCCACUGCCUCCUCCCUCCAACAAUAAUGUCCCACAAGCGGAAGAGGAAGAAAUGGAGACAGAACAUACAAAUGGGCAGUAAGAAACUAGAUCUAACAAGCAGUGUUUUCCUUUUAUAUUAUUUUAAGAAGAGUAACAAAUUACUUUACUCUAUUCUUUUACUUUCCCUAGAUGUUAAGAGCUGAUGCUACACAGAUACUAAAAUUAAGGUGGAAUCUACAGAUAACUAUAAGUACUAAGCAAUUUACGAGUCGUUAAUAUACUGAUUCAUUUAAUUUGCUAGAAAGAACGAUACUACACACAAGGGUUUACUAAAGAACAGAUAUUACUGUAGGUAUUUAAGCUAAAGAACAGAUAGAUACUAUUCAGUAUUGUGUUUGAUCGUAUUAUGCCCGUUUUAUGGUGUAAAUUCAUUCCGAAAUAAAUUCAAACUUGUCAUAAAAAAUU